AUGUUACAUCCUAGUCCUGAUUUUAUUCCAUAUGUACCCAUGAAUGAAGGUACAAGUUCAGUGACACAAGCUGAAGAGAAAGAGAAGUUACUAAGUCAACACUAUGACCCAAAUAUAUUUAUGCCUGUUUUUACUGAUUUAUGGCUAUAUUUUGGGGGCACAAAGGCUAUGGAUCUUGAAGAAGUGGUAAAGGAUGAAGACAGUGAGGAUGAAAUUAAUGAGGGCGCUCGAGUGAUUGAAGAUAGAAGAAAACUUGAGCUUCUUGGUCUUUCUGAGGAUCAGAAGCGGCUCGUAACUAUGUGGACCUCAUUUGUUAAGAAACAUCGUGUGCUGGUAGAUGGCCAUAUGAAUUGGGCAUACGAAGUUUUCACAAAAUAUCAUUGUGCUGAGCUUGUCGAUUCCACCCCAUUAGCCUGGGCUUGGAGAUUGUUUAUGAUAAAACUAUAUGAUAUGGGUCUUCUAAAGCCAAAGACUGUGGCUGCAUGCGCUGCCAUUCUUCAACAAUACAGGGAACAGAAAUAA